ACUUCCAUUAUUCACAGGGAAUCACAGCUUUGCAUUUAGCAGUGAAGUUGAACUGCGUUCCAAUAGUAAAAUUCUUACUGGAACAACCAAAUAUCAGAAUACGCGACGCUGCGUUACUGGCAAUAGCUGAAAAUAAUCUAGAAUUCGCUGUUCUGUUACUCGACAGAAUCAGAGUGUCCAACAAACAAGCUGAAUUCAAAGGCGUAGAAGGAUCUUCGGCUUAUCCGCCGUAUAUGACUCCUUUAAUGUUGGCAGCUCUUUACGGCCAUUACAAUAUGAUUAAAAUGCUGAUAAAGCGUAACCAUAAGCUGGAAAAACCACAUGAUAUGUAUUGUGCGUGUAGCGAGAAGUGCAAGUAGAUAAAUCGGUCAUUUUGAACAUUAUCUUGGAUUAUUGCUUAUAAUGAGAUGAAUUUUAUCACUUUUCAGCAACCCUCGCGAGGAAUCCGAUAAAUUGGUUUUAGUUGAUAAAAGAAUAGCUUUAUUCAGAGCAAUUAGUAAUCCGGCGUAUAUUUGCAUUACUUCGAAAGAUCCGAUUUUAACAGCUUUAAGAUUAUAUAAGGAUUUGAAAAACUGGUCAGAUUUUGACACAACUUCGUCCAGGGAAUAUGAAAUUAUUGCUAGUAACCUUGCUCGAUUUUCGAGUGAAUUAAUGGAUCAGACUAACAAUACUCGAGAAGUAGAUAUAAUUUUGAAGCGAAGAGAAGGUUGGGUUUACAGCGGAAAAACACGUUAUCCUAGACUGACAAUGGCGAUGAUAUACGAAAACAAAGAAUUCAUUGGCAAUAUCCACGUUCAACAGGUUCUUGAGAACAACUGGUAUGGUAAUUUCAACUGGAAACGAUGUUCGUUAAAAAGGAGACUAUUGAAAAUAUCCACAAGAAUAUUUUGCAUACCUUUGAUGGCGUUUUUAACUGCAUUCCAUCCUAACAAUUCGUGGUUAGUUCAUCAAAAGGAAUCUCCAGUUAUACUAUUUGUGGACAGCAGCAUCAUGUUUAUUAUAUUUUUAUUCAUUUUAACGUGGGAGAAUAACAUUGAUCGUAAAACUAUGAACAGAGGGUUUCCUACAACGUAUGCAGAACCAUUUGUAAUUUUAUUUACUUUCGGAUAUCUAUGGAGAACGAUGCGUUUAUUGAUGCUGCAAGGGGUUGCAAGAUUUUUCAGAUUCAACUGGAAUAUAUGGGAAUUGAUCAUGCUCAUCUUUCUUUUAAUCACAAUAACAUGCUGGAUCAUUGCUUUCCUUACUUAUAAUAUAGGACCUGGAAACAUAUCAAUACCAAGAAAAGAUUGGCCACCACUGGAACCGAUAUUAAUCGCUGAAUCAGCUCUGGUUUUUGCUAUUUUCAUGGCCUUUCUCAAAAUUUUAUUCUUAAUACAGCUACAUCCAAUUUUUGGACCUCUACAAAUGUCGUUGGCAUCCAUGUUGAAAGACUGCCUGAGAUUUAUAGUAGUAAUCAUAAUAUUUCUGGUCGCAUUUGGCGUUGGUGUGAAUAAUUUAUAUUCGUACUAUGAGGGUAUGAAAUACAAUGGUACGGAUGGUGAAAGUAAAAAGCAAGGCGAUUCUUUUAUAUCAUUUUGGCAGACAUUAUUAACGUUAUAUUGGUCAAUGUUUGGUUUAUCCGAGAGAUCAUCUGCCGAAUUAGUAAUAGAAAAUGGAAAUGAGCAUUAUUUAACAGAAGCUACCGGAUUUAUUUUGUUUACUGCAUUUGCAUUUACAAUGAUAAUUGUCGUCAUCAACAUGCUCAUUGCCAGUUUAACAAAUUCAUAUCAAAGGGUGCAAGAUAACAAUAUGGACGAGUGGGCUUACGGUAAAACUCAAGUAUUUUUGAAUCACAUGGAUGGCAUUUUAGUAAUACCGGUUCCGUUCAAUAUGUUAUUUGAAUGGAUAAACGAUUUAAGAAGUUUCAUACAGGAUAUGAGAAAUAAGAAUAAAAAGUGGCAUUGCUCAUUUUUCCACGGAUGUUUCAUGGCUGAUGUACAUGGCGAAGAAAAUGAAAGAGAAUAUUUGAGUUUGAUGUCAGAAAUAAGAAGCAGAUAUUUCUUGAAAAACUGUAAAUUAUUCAGUUUAGGAGUGCCGCAAAUUUCUGACGAUUUUUGUGCCAAUGAUGACGAUGAUUGAAAUUAAAAUUCUUUUUUGUUCGUUCUGCUUUUUUAUACCUACUUGGACAAAAAAGUUGUCGCGAUAUAAUUGAAAAAAUAUUCAUGUUGAAAUAAGCUUAGAA